AUGAUUAUUGACGGAGUAGAACCUACUCCGGAUAGCAGUUUGAAAGAGCUGAAGCAAGCGUGCAAGUUCCUUGGAGUAGGAGUAACAGGAAGCAAAGCGUUGUUAUGGCAAAGGCUGAAGCGAGAGGCAGCCGAGACAAAGUUGAAGACAACGGUAGAAAUAUCGAAGUCGAUUGAACGCGAAUAUGAACGCGAGCCGAAAGGACCAAAACCAGUGUACGAACCAACGCCGGAAGAACGCGCAAAGCACAACUUGACGCACAGGGAGUUGGGGCCAGACGAAGGUGGAGCACCAAGUCCGAAGCGUGGAGUAGAGACACUCGGAAGCGUGGAAGAGAGCGAAGGCACGAGACAACGAAUGGACGAAGGAACAACGGAAGUGAAAGAAAGGCCGGAGAAGCAACACAAGGCAAGUCAAGUAAAGCAGAGAAACGAAGAAGUCGCAGAACUCCGAAGUGUAAAGGAAGUUGAGAAGUUCCUAAGAAAGGAAGAACCACGAUACCACGCUGACGAAGAUGUUGAGUUAGAAGAGUUUGAUGAGCUCGAAGCUGAAUUUGAGCUGGAUGAGGUCGAAGAUGGUGACUAUUCGGGCGAUGACGAAGGUGACGCAGGAGCUGUAAGUUUGCCAAGUUGGUCACGUGUGUUUGAAGAUGGACCUCCAAAGUUAGAAGAAGAUGUGAUGAUUGAAGUUGAUCGCCAAGCACGAGAGACGGAGUUGACAAGACUUGAGAAGAUGGGAGUGCUAAAGCAAAUUGAGAUAGUAUGUGGAAAAGGAGAGGACGCUUAG